AUGACAACCAACAAGACUGCAUUUGACUAUGUGGUGAAUCAUUUUUUCCUUCCACCUAAGCUCCCCCAAGGAGAUGACUGGACGCCCUCAAACCGAUCAACCCUGCAAUCAGCCCUAUUAGCAUUCAUUGAGAAGUUCAGGGCUUUCGUUGUGUCCCGCAGAUAUGCGCUGGUCGAUUCGGCAGCGUCAAUGAUUCGACGUAUGGUCAUGGCUCAAGAUGAGACUGGUAACAUUAACUGUGACAAUCUUGGAAAAGUUCUCCAAGAGAUCGGGCAGUCUGGUCCAGGAGAAGCCGUGCCUCUGCAUGUUGUUUCCCAGAAUGCAGGCGUCUUUCUUACCAGGCACAAAGACUCCGUCUAUAUUGAGACUUUUGAGCUUGCUCUUAACUCGGCCGUCAUGGAAUCCCCCGGCAGACUUAGCCGAUACUUCCCUGGGUAUGCCAUGGCGAUGGACCUGGACAUUUUUCGUGACCCAAAGUUCCAGUCGUGCUUUGCCUCGAUCCUGCACAAGCUUGGUCAUCAAGAUGCCCCCGGUACCUGUCCUCGCGUCAAAUUGACGGUCGUCUCACAACGUUGGAAGGAUUAUCCUUUCUUCCAGCGCUUAUCGAUUAGCGAUACAACCUCCGACGCGUCACCACCGACGCGCCACAAGCUAUGCCCCCAGAUCCUCAAUCAGUUCGACCAUGUUUCGUCCGUGCACGAGGCCCACCCGGCCAAUCACGCCGCUCGCCUCAAUCUAUUCGACUUGGAGAAUGUGGGAAGCCAUGAGAAAGUAUAG